GGCUGUGAAAUUCAAAUCAAACCAUGUCUUCAGAGAGGGCAAUUCAGUGGCAGAGGUGGAGCAGUGGAGCUACUCUCUAUUCUGCCCACUCAAUCAAAAUAAGGGAAGAUGAAGGUUAUAGGACCUAUUAUUUCUAUGAGUAUGGACAAGAUGAAAGACACAUUGCACUUGUAGCAGCCGUUAAUGGCGGAAAGGCAUUCAUUGUCGGAGAAACAGCCCCAGAGGAUAGAUGGAACGAUGAUGGCAUCAAACUUCGAUCCGCUGCUGUGUCAUUCACGGUUCUAUGAUCAUAUGAACGAAAGAGAGAUUUUCAAAAGUGAUGAGAAAAGAGAUGUCUUAACAAUAAUGAUACUGGGAGAGAAUUCCCUGUUAUGCAUCACCUACUGAGAGACUUCAAAUCAUCCUUUAUAAAACAAAGAGCAGAAAAAUGU